GACUGACCGUGGAGGUACCCGUUCGGCUCAUGCUUUGUCGAGUAUUUAGCGGUCGUUUUGCAAAGGAUUUUGCGCGAGUGAGUAGAAAGGCUGCCGCCGCUGCUUUGCAAGUGAUGCAAUUCGUUCGCGCUUUGUUCCCGUGAGCCUGGUACGCUCCGUAAUCGCUCUCUUCGGCGUCUCCUUCACCAUCGGAGGAGAAGCCGCACGCUUCGGUGCGUCGUUGAUCUACGUGUCUUCGUCUAAAUUCAUUCCAAACUACGCAAGAACACGACUAGAGUGACCUCAGCCCUACCUGAAAGACCCGCGCAUAUACGUGUGAGCCUCGUGGUGAAGAAGUACUUUUUGUUCUUGUGAAGUGCGUCGUUACGGACCUGAAACACUCGCGCAUUUCCCUGUGUAGUGUGAAGAAGUACUUUUCCUUCUUUCAAUUGUGCUUCGUUACGAAAGUUCCCACCUCAACGAGCCUUUCUGUGUGCACUUCCCUGGUGAAAUGUGGACAGAAUUGCAGCGAGAGGAGUCCGCACCUAGACGACAAGCAAGGAAAGGUCAUCGCUACUUGGGACCCGGGAACCCCUUAGACAACGGCCAACCUGUGGACAGAGACGAUUGGAUAGCCCGGCAACACGAUCACGACUAUUCCAAGGCAACUAGCGACCAAGACAUCUUUACAGCCGAUCACAAGGCCAUCGGCGACUUUGUCAUCGCUACUUGGGACCCGGGAACCCCUUAGACAACGGACAACCUGUGGACAGAGACGAUUGGAUAGCCCGGCAACACGAUCACGACUAUUCCAAGGCAACUAGCGACCAAGACAUCUUUACAGCCGAUCACAAGGCCAUCGGCGACUUUGUCGCGAAGGCCAACCGCACGAUAUAAAAGGAGCUGCCUUCGGCUCGAAAAUUCAGUCUUCGCCGAGGACUCGAAGGGACAAGACCUCCUGCCUGCCUGCCUGCCUGGAAGGACUGCCUGCUGCCUGGACUGCCUGCCCCCUUGGAUGAUGGAGCGGGAAAUGCCAGAGAAGAAGCGAGUCAGACUUGAGGAGAAUGACGAUGAGGGAGGAGAUGGACAAAGCAGUGGAGAAGAUGAGUCACGAUGUGCCGCUUCCCCUAUACAAGAGUUGGACGAAACUGAAGAAAUUGAUCGACGCGUGGACAUUUUACCAGGAGAAAUUUUGUCCGAACCAAGAACAUUGGCAACGCGAGAAUGCGACCAUCACGAGUCCCCUCCACUAUUGCCCCGAUGGGCAGAAGAGUUACGACGCGUUCCAAAACGAAGAAGAAUUGUGCAUGAUGUCAUUACCGUUGGAUCAUAUGGAGAAGCUCAGGAGUCUUAUUUUACUUUGUCUAAGCGCCUUGAAGAACCCAGAGCAGGAUAUGCCUUUGCCGCCAUCUCCUUCCACAUCUCGGGAUGUAGACGGCCGCACUUGCACGUCGUCCACGAUUGCUCGUGGAGCAACGGAACGUGUAGAUGUGUCGCCUUUGCAGGGUUCCGCAGAAGACCAAAUCGCUCUUCGGUUUGGUCUUGUAACACCGAUGGAUGGGACUAUUUCCGCCUCGUCGACUAUCUUAAUAAAGAGCCCCGCCGGUUGGAGUACCUUAAGGUGGCAGGAACCAGUUGGCUCGAAUACAUUGGAGCUGAGGUAUUGGAACUCCCAAGACAUUGCAGAUGUGGAACCGCAGGAGCAGUGGAGGUAUUAUUUGGAGCAUUUCAAGGUCCAAGUGCAUGCGACGACUGCACCCGAAGUGUUGGAGGCCAUCCGAACACUUCGCAAGUAUACGCAACGGAAACUACUCCACGUGAAACCAGAAGAUGUGAGAAAGCACACCAUACAGAGGAGUCACUCUUUCUCAUCCUCUCCCAGAACCCGGUCUCGCCGCUGACGAACAUUACUCGAACUCCAAUGUGGUUAGAACGUGCGGACUUGCGAUUCAUACGCCUAGAUGACAAGCGCCUGCAACGUGCCAUUCAAGUUUUGAAUGAACAAUUGUGUAACUGGACCACUUUGGACUAUAUAUCUCUGUAUCAAAAGACUAACCCUCUGUUUGACGCACCACAUGGCAACAUUAGCCAAUAUUAUAUGGAUGUGCCGUCUUCGUUUGCAGCCAUUGUAGAGCUGUUGGAAUAUCAAUUGGGACCCGAAGUUCCAGACUUUGUAACCAACUUGUAUAACCUACUCGAAAGGCGCGUACCCAAGAAGAAUUGCAUGGAGAUUGUAUCCCCUCCAAGUGCUGGAAAAAACUUUUUCUUUGAUGCCGUUGUCAGUUUUUAUAUAAACAGGGGCACUAUACACAACUUUAACAAGUAUUCUAGUUUUCCAUUGCAAGAUGCCGUGGGCAAGCGCAUUUUGAUUUGGAACGAACCAAAUUGCGAAUCGAGCGCAUUUGAAACAAUAAAGAAAAUUUUUGGGGGUGAUGUAGACAGUGUAGCGGUAAAGUAUUCGAGCGACAUGACUGUAACACGCACUCCCGUGAUUGUUUUGAGUAACCACGAGACUUUUCCGCGCAUUCCAGCGUUUAACCACAGGAUGUUUAGGUACAGGUGGAAAACUUGUCCAGAAUUGCUAAAGUAUGACAAGAAGGUUAAUCCACUUGCAUUGAUUAAUUUAUUUGAUGCCUACCUCGACGAUCACGAGUAUACUGCCACGCGCCGUGUUCAAUAAAGUGCUUUUUUUAU